CGGGCGCGCGGCGCGGAGCCGGGCGGUGGGAAUGGAGCGAGCAGACUGAGGCCGCCGCUGCAGCGCCGCCGGCAUGAACUUGGCCGCGAGCUGAAGCGGCCGGCGGCGGGCGGGCUCGGGGGGCACCGGCCGCUAGCCGGGGGAGAUCUGCGACCCAGCCGGUCCGCUCGGCGGGCGCCGGAGGCCAGGCUGCCCCUUGGGCACUGCCCCCGCCGCCGCCGCCGCCGCCGCCGCGGGAGCUCCGCAGCACGCCCUGUGUCUAGGUCGUUUGGGAAGCGCCUGGGAGAGUCAAGAAUAAAAUUGCAGGUCAAACAAUGGAUGACUGGAAAAGUCGACUUGUAGUCAAGAGCAUGCUUCCCCAUUUCGCCGUGGUGGGAAAUCGUCAGGAGCCCAGAAAGCUCCAGGAAUCGGCACAGGGAACCACUAAGCGGAGACAGGAAGAAGAUUUCCAGCUUUCAGGCAUGGGUGACGAGGGUUACCCUAAUAAAAUCAAGAGACCAUGCCUUGAGGAUGUCACCCUUUCGAUGGGCCCGGGUGCCCAUCCCAGCACAGCCUGUGCACAGCUGCAAGUUCCUGCGUUACCUGUGAACCCUAGCUCUGCAGCGAUGGCAGCCCCUGGCCAUCCGUUACUACUGGACAAUAGCCCCAGGAAUGGCAGCGUCAUGGGCCCACCAUUUGCAGAGCCACCGACAGCAGAAAUGGGAGUGAAAGGCUCCUCUAUUCCUUACUAUGACAAAACCAACGACGCACCGGCUGUGGAUCAGGAACUUCAAGAUCUGCUGGAGGAGCUCACAGAAAUUCAAGAAUCUUCUCAGAGUGAGCUCGAUCUUGAGAAAAUCCUGGGGAGCAAGCCAGAAGAACCACUGGUCUUACACCACCACCCACCGGCAACCUUAGGUGCGACUGCCAAGCCCACAGUUCAGAUGCCACGCUUGGAGAGCCUCAGUUCCAGCAAGGACUUUGCUUCAAGUUGCAGCCAGGUCACUGGGGUGUCGCUUCAGAUCCCGCCUUCCUCUGCGGGGCUCAGCUAUGCAGUUACGCCUGCCAGUAAGCAGAUGGCCUCCCCAAGUUCCUCGACCGUGAAGGCCAAGAAUCAGGCCCAGGCGACACUCUCAGCCACCCUGCCGCCACUCCCAGUGUCUCAGUGGCAUCAUGCCCACCAGCUGAAAGCUCUGGCAGCCAGCAAGCAGGGCUCCAGUAAGAAGCAGCUGGGCCCCACCACCAGUUGGUCUGCCCUGCCUCCUCCCGGCCUCUCCCCGCCUUACCAGCCGGGGCCCGUGGUCUCACCACAGCCGCUGCCACCCUUCAGCCCUCAGGGGCUCAUGGUGUCCUGUAUGUCAUCGAGCAGCCUGCCGGGGAGCACUCUCCAGGGCUCUCCCAACGCCUCACUGUCCAGUCUGGCGCCCAGCAGCAGCACCGUCCUCGGGCCAGCCAGGCCCUACGCGCCAGAGAAGUUCCCUAGCUCCACGCUCCAGCAGCCACCACCAUUGAGUGCGCAGACCUCCAUCCUUGCCAACCUGGUGUCCUCUACCAUCAAACACCCUCAGGGGCACGAGAUGUCUGCUCUGCCCACCAGCAACACGGGGCCCUUAACCCCCUAUCGUCCAGAGACGCUGUCCAGCCCAGGCCUGCCCCAGCAGUCCUUCACUGCACAGUGCCCCCUGGUCCAGGGCGUCACCACCUCCACUCAUCCGCUCUGCCAGCCGCAGCCACCAGCCAGUGCCAUCUACAAGCCCCAAACCCCGAGCAUGAUCAUGCAGCAGGGCCUGACCAGCCCCAGCCCGGGAGCCUCAGAGCCCUUUCCUUUUGGCCACACCAAGCCUUUGUCACAUUUCAUCUCUGAGCCAGGCCCCCAGAGGAUGCCGUCAGUGCCCACCACAUCUCGGCAGCCUGCCUUGCUCCACUACCUGCAGCAGCCCACGCCACCACCGGCCUCUUCUGCCACGGCCUCAUCCACAGCCACGGCCACCUUGCAGCUGCAGCAGCAGCCGGAUCUUUCUUCGUUCCUCCUGCAGCAUGUGACGCAGCAACCGCAGCGCUUUCAGCGGUCUCUGGCCUCGGAUUCCAUGCCUUCUCUGCCCAGACAGCGAGAGAAGCAGAGAUCAGGUCUUAUGGCAAUGACCCCUGAACAGCGCAGUUCACGUAUCACCCAACGGAUGAGUCAAUUUCAAGCCAUCCAAGGUCAAGUCAUCUCCAAGUGUAGCCGGACCAAGGCAAGCUCCCUACCCAGCCAGCGCAUGACACCACCCAGAGCUGGGCUCCUUCAUAGCAGUCUGAGUUCAGGAAUGGCCUCACCCAUCAGGCAGCAGAGCCAGGAGACCAUGCGCAUGUUCUCACCAACCCCCCGCGGGCAGCAGGGGAUUUUCAGCUUCAGCCCCCAGUUUCCCACACCUUCACAAUUGGGCCACAACCCUCCGGGCAGCCUUGGCUCCAUCUACCAGCACAUGGGGAUGCCCAGUGCUGCUCCUGCAGGAGUGCCCCUGCCUAGAUUCUGUCCCAGCCCCCAGGGCAGCCAGGCCCUGGGUCCUCACCAGCUCAGACAGCCCCAUAUAUCAGGAAUGUCCACCGUGCUCCACAGCACUGCCUGGGUGGUGACAGCAACAUCUCUGCACACCCCAGUCUUGAGGGAGCCACCCCCGAGCCAAGCAGCUCAUGGCAUGCAGCAGCAUUCCCCUAGUCAGGUGGCCCCAGAAGGCAGACCUAGCCAGCAGGCAGGUGCUGCCCCCGCCAAGCCCAGCUCCAGCCAGCUGGGCAAACAGAGUGUCAGAAAGAGCCCAGUGCAGGGCCCCGUGCCCACACCACAUGCCACCAAGUCCCUCCAGCAGGGUAUGGUCAGCUUCGGGCCUGAGAGUCCCAUCCAGGCCAUUGAGCCACCAAGCUCUGUGGCUGCUGCUGCUGCCACCUCCAUUGUGGCUGCCGGCCAGUCCCAGGCCAGUCCCUGUGACAGAACAGGGAACCCCUCUGAGUCGUCGUCCCAGUCCCUACUGGACGAUCUUAUUUCACUCCCUGAAUGUUCUGGAGUGGAUUUCAUCGACGCUUUCAUGGAUUCCACCGAGAGCCCUGAUGAAGACUGGAUGGGCAACCUGAGGCUGAUCAGUGGCACUGUAGAAGACCAGGCUGCUGACGAGGGUGCUGAGGCCCAGAGUGCAGGUGAUGUCCCCAAGAAUGCUGACAAGCUUUAAAUACCCUAGAAACCUCCAUGUGGCCAUCACCCUGGGGAGUGGUGUGAGUCCAUAGCAAAUUUACCACUGGCCCCACACAGCCACAUGCUUAUUGCCUCAUUGCAAUUUGAGGGGCGGAAGCCCACACCCAUCCCUCUCUCUACCUGUGACAAAAUGGAAAUCUGGUGAUUUUUUUCAAGCUACCUGUACAUAUCUGAAAAUUUUGUACAUGGUUUUCCUAAACGUUCAUGACAGAAGUGUUUAUACCGUGUUUUGUGAGUUUGUAAUUAAGACAACGGCUUUCGUUUCAGCAGAGUUGUGUUUAUUAUGUCAUUGUCCGUGUGUAUUCUACAUUGUUCAAAUACGCAGACUGUGUUGUUCACUCCAGCCAUACCUUAUCAAACCAGGUGGCUGAGUUGCUUACGCUUUUGAUGUAGUGGUGGAUGUGACCAAGAGGUGUUGUGCAAACUGACAAAUGCCAAAUAGAAACUCACUUGGCCAUCUAUUUCUAUUUCCACUAAAACUUCUAUUGCCCAGUGUGAUUCUUAAUGUCUUUUGCAAACCUUGCAGCGUCUUCUAGCUCUUUCCUGAUGAGCCUGUUACAGCACAAGCCGUUUUAUCAUUAAGUAGCCUGCAGAGGAAUUAUUUGCCAGGAGGUAGAGAGUUCUGGAGAUUUGAGAGAAGCAAAGAGAGAGUUUGUGAGCUGGGCAUCUCUGAGGGUUCUACCCGUUAUCACUCAGACAGUUUGCACUACUCUUGACGGGCACCUUGCAGGGUGGAGGCAAGAUGCUCCUGAUUUAAGCCCUUUCAGUAUUUGUUCUGAUGUAAGGCUCUGUGGUCUGGGGGGAAAAUGAGUCUGUAAACAUGAGUAGUUGAUUUGGGUUUUGUCACUGAUGUUUUCUACUUGCAGUUAUCAUCAUGUAUGUUUAAGUGUCUGUUACAGGAAACCCACACCCACUGUCCUGUAAACUUUUGUCAGUGUCCAGACUCUGUGUAAUGACAUUUUAAUUGCCACCUGGUAUUUUGCCUCUGCAUUUGAAAUCUGGCAUCUGUUUCAAGCAAGUGUGUUUUUUUCCUUCGUUCUGUAAUAAACAAGA